AUGCCUGUGUGGAGCUCCCUGCGCUCUUUCUGCGUGAUCCAACCCCGAUUGUUCUCGCUCGGACGACGGAGUCGAGUGUCGCCAGUGUCGCGCUUGAGCCGGAGCUCACUCCAGUUACGUCGCACCAACACGCCCUCGACCACAAUCACCACCAAGAUCGCCGUCGUCUUCGACUCGCACCCAUCCUUCUCAUCCCACAUGGCACCCAGGAACUCGUCCAAGGGGAAGGGGAAGGCGGCCGAUCAGUCCCAGCCUCCGCAGUCGGAUCAUCCCUCCUCUAUCGCAUCGCCGUCUACCUCGAGGCCCAUCAAGCCAUUACCGAUCAGAUCACCCGCAAAGGCUAGAAUCACGCUUGCCGAUGCCCAACGUGACGUACCGGCAGCAGCACCGACACCAAUACGCACCUCGGCACCCUCGAUCGAGACCCCCCACGCCGCUGCUUCUUUAGCCCCUUCUGUCGCUGCUGCAUCCUCCGAUCAAUCAGCCGCUGAACAGAACAAGCCAAGAGUACGGACCAGAAAGACUCGCAAGCCCAAACAUCGCGCAGGCACGGAGGGCGACUCGAAUCCGGCCGCGUCGAGCACGCUCCCCCACCCCGAUCCCCAGCGAACGGCCGCCGCUGCUACAACCGCUUCGAUUUCCAGCACCUCGCACUAUGGCAACGACUCAGCAGGGUCACGCUCGGCACCCGCGUCCGUUACAAGUGAUCAAAGAUCCAACCGGGAGUACGAAGAUGAAGAAGGGGCCCGUGUUAUAAUGUCCCCGGACGGCGAGUCUGAGCCAGCAAAUCAAAAUCUCGGCGGCGAAGAAGCCCACCCAUCUCGAGGGGCCAAUCUACCGCAUUCGCCAGCUCCAGAGCCUCCGAUACAGGCGCACAAUGAUCUAUUCGACGAGGAAAAUGCCGAUGCCUUCAAUGAAGGGUUUUAUGAACGUCAACCCGGUCCAGGCUCGUCGCACGAAUUGUUCAGUGAUGACCCCGGGAGACAUGCCGAGCACUUUCCGGAGACCGCUCGAGACGCCAUCAACCCGGAUCGGGACCCUGCAUGGGGUUCUGCGGGAUUCUCUCUCGCUACAAACAAUCUCGAGGAAGAUAUCUGGAACUUUUUCAUCGCAAGUCUCCCUCUUUGCUCGGCGGCGGUUUGCAUUUCGAAUGGAAGGUUUGUUACUUAUUUUGCUUGCUCCCUCAAUGCUUUCCUUCAGACCCGGUCUCCCCGGAACGGCGUCGUGCAGGCACGAGAAAAGUUGAUCAGGAUGCUCGAAGACUUUUUAAACGCCCAGCGGUUCAACUGGGGUCACUCGCACAACCCUUAUCGCAUGCCGAUCCAUAUCGAGCCGUUCGGAUCGGUCCGGUUUGGCCUGGCGACCGAGGCUUCCGACCUCGACAUGUGCCUCUGUGAUCCCGUAAGACCUCGCGGUAGCUUCUACCCUGCCUUGCCUACGUCAUUGAACAUGAUCCUUACCCCUGUUCCUUACUCGCCUUUGACAGUAUCGCCCCGAAGGUUUCAGAGACAAGUUCUUCAGCCGGUCCGACGCCCCAAACAAAGCACUGCCACAGAUCUACAACCCGCGGCUAUUGGCAACCAAGCUCCAGAGCCUGCCCUAUAUCAGACAUGCGACCCCGAUCCCUUUUGCGAACGUACCCAUCGUCAAGAUCGAGGCCGUCGUGGAUGGAUACGUGAUUCAAGGUGACAUCAAUACCAACGAGCGACUGGGUGAGCUUCACGGUCGACCCCUUGAGUAUACUGUACCCGACCACACCGUUAAAUGACGCUAAGUGAAAUCACUCCCAGGCGUCCUCAAUUCGAGGCUGAUCAAGGCAUAUUGCGAACUGCACCCAAUGUUUCGCCCCUUCUGCGUCUUUCUCAAACACUGGGCUCGAAGCCGAGAGCUCAACGACCCUUCCGGAAGCAAAGGACCGAUCUCGAUGUCUUCGUACACCAUCAUUCUCCUCGCCAUCAACUACCUACAACAAAUCAACCACCUGCCCAACUUGCAGGACAAGGAGUUGAUUGAAAGCACCUCGACUGAAUCUACCCGAUUCUACUCCACUCCGCGGGUGCGUAAACGGCAUGGCAAGAACAAUAUACAGCGCUCGACGGGAUGGGACACGACAUUUGUUGAGCAUUAUCCUGGUCAGUGGUACGACGGCCCCGUGACCAUGGAAUGCGGCUUGUUGAAGGAAUGGGCCGUGGGAUUUUUUACUUGCUAUGCGGGGGAGGAUCAUAUGUCGUUCCAUUCCGAGCGACAGGUCGUGGCGGUCAAAUUGGGGCGAGCGAUGGACCGGGAGAGGCACUACCGAUCGGCGCUCAGUGUCUUGGACGGCGGCAUCGAAGGGUUGGCUUCCGCGCAGGACCCUGCUUCUGCACUCGUCAAUGGCACGAUGGACGCGGAAGGAACGGACUCGAACCUAAUUGAAGGCCUACGACAUAUCAACCUUGAGCCUAUCAACGUGCAUCUCGCCUCAAGGUCUUCCUCCCCAAUCGAGUACGACCACUUCGAAGAACCUCGCGCCUGGCAGAACCACGCCUUGGUCGUUCAAGACCCUUUCUACGUCGAGCGCAACACCGCGAGCAACAUCCGCCCCGAAAUGGUUGAUCUGAUCAAAGCGGAGAUGAUACGUGCGAGAGAUAUGGUCGAGACGGGCUUCGCGAUCGAACAGAUUUGCGAACCCCUUCGGCCUGAAAGCAGUGGCGCGAGAAAGGCCCGAGGACGGUCCAAGGACCGCAAAGGCUCUUCACAAACUCAAGGAGGUCAGGGGCAGGGGCGUAAUUCCCACGCAAAUGGUGGACCUGGGACUGAGGAUGGUCGUGCGGGAGGCAAGGGUGGUCGUGGAGGACGUGGCGGGGGUCAGAGUCGACGCGGGGCCAAGAAUGGUGCGCCUCCUCCGAGCGACAGUGCUGGACCACCGUUGCAGAGGUAUGCCACAAGUUCCAGUGAAGGUAACAUCGUGUAUCAGCCACCUAGGUAA